AUAGAGAUAGGAUUACUUGCUGCAGAAAGAAGCAUCACUGCACUACAGCAUAAUGAAGCUGUUACUUGCAGCCAUUUCAGGAUGUUGUCGCAGCAAAACAUAUUUUAGACUUUGAUUUUUAGCAGUACAGAUUAAUUGCUGGAGCUUCAAAAUACAAAGAGAAGUAUUUUGAAAUGCCUGCUAUUCAGCUGUGGAUUUCGGAGCAUGAGAAAAAAUGGGAAAUAUGCCUGACUGCUGCAGAGAGGCCUUGGAGAUGAUCCCUUGAAAGCACUAGGAUGCCUGGCUGCUUUAAAAAGACGUUAUUUGCCUUGGCUUCUCUAAUAAGUUUUGUGUCUUUUAUCUUAAUUGUUGUUGCAAUGGGGACCCCAAAGUGGAUGACAGGAAAGAUUCUUUGCAAAACAGGAGCUGAUUUGGUCAAUGCCACAGAUCCAGAGCUGGUCAAGUUCAUUGGAGAAAUUUACUAUGGACUCUUUCGGGGCGGCAAAAUACGCCAGUGUGGGUUGGGCGGGAGGCGUUCCAAAUUCACAAUUUUCCCACACAUGGUGAAAAAGUUGAAUACAGGCUUGCAUGUGAUGAUCAUAAUGUUCCUCUGUGUGGCCAUUUGCUUUUCUCUGGUCAGUUUUGGAUUCUGCAUUCUUAAUGCAAUAAAAGUUCCUUACCGGGCUAUUAAAGGUCCAGCAGGAGUAUGCCUUUGGAACUUCCUUGCAGGUGGAUUUGUAGUACUUGCAGUCACCAGCUUUAUGGCUGCUGUGAAACUUCAUCGCCUCACAGAAAGAAUUGCCAAUUUUCGGGAAAAUGUUUUUCGAUUUGUUAUCUUAGAAGAACGCUUUGAAGACUGUUUUUGGAUUUGUGUGGCAAGUGCCACAGCACACGCAGUGAAUUUGCUGCUAAUAGCCAUCAGUGGGAUUAAUUUUCCUAAAAUUAAGCCUAAAACAGAAGAAGUGAAUGUUACAGCAGAAGAUAUCAUGUACUAA